UCCAUUUGCUCACCAAAAGAGAAGGUAAGCCCCUACUUGAGUAAUAUGUAUUGAGGUCUUUUUUUGUCUGCCACCAAAGACAGUCAUGUGAGAAUACCUAGCAACUCUCCACUCUGGCACAUGCACUGCACACACAGAAAAACACUGCAAAUCCGCUGCCUCCUUCCCUCCUCCCUAAACCCCCCUUCUCUCAGCAUUUCUAUCCCCGCCUCCUCUUAUCCACAUUUUCCAGCCGACUGCUGGAGCUGACUUCCGCAAUCCUGAUGGAAUAAAUCUGGCACCCCCAGUCAUCUGCCCACACUCGCUGCCGAAACCAUUCCAGACAACAGAUUCCCAUCAGCAGGAUGUGGGGACUCAAGGUUCUGCUGCUACCCGUGGUGACCUUUGCUCUGUACCCUGAGGAGAUAUUGGAUACCCAGUGGGAGCUAUGGAAGAAGACCCACAGCAAGCAGUAUAAUAGCAAGGUGGAUGAAAUCUCCCGGCGUUUAAUUUGGGAAAAAAACCUGAAGUAUAUUUCCAUCCAUAACCUUGAGGCAUCUCUUGGUGUCCAUACAUAUGAACUAGCCAUGAACCACUUGGGGGAUAUGACCAAUGAAGAGGUGGUUCAGAAGAUGACUGGACUCAAAGUACCCCCUUCUCAUUCCCACAGUAAUGACACUCUUUAUAUCCCAGACUGGGAAGGCAGAGCCCCAGACUCUAUUGACUAUCGAAAGAAAGGAUAUGUUACUCCUGUCAAAAACCAGGGUCAGUGUGGUUCCUGUUGGGCUUUUAGCUCUGUGGGUGCCCUGGAGGGCCAACUCAAGAAGAAAACUGGCAAACUCUUAAAUCUGAGUCCCCAGAACCUGGUGGAUUGUGUGUCUGAGAAUGAUGGCUGUGGAGGGGGCUACAUGACCAAUGCCUUCCAAUACGUGCAGAAGAAUCGGGGCAUUGACUCUGAGGAUGCCUACCCAUAUGUGGGAGAGGAUGAAAGUUGUAUGUACAACCCAACAGGCAAGGCAGCUAAAUGCAGAGGGUACAGAGAGAUUCCUCAGGGGAACGAGAAAGCCCUGAAGAGGGCAGUGGCCAAAGUGGGACCCGUCUCUGUGGCCAUUGAUGCAAGCCUAACCUCCUUCCAUUUUUAUAGCAAAGGUGUAUAUUAUGAUGAAAGCUGCAAUAGUGAUAAUCUGAACCAUGCAGUUUUGGCAGUGGGAUAUGGAAUCCAGAAGGGAAACAAACACUGGAUAAUUAAAAACAGCUGGGGAGAAACCUGGGGAAACAAAGGCUACAUCCUCAUGGCUCGGAAUAAGAACAAUGCCUGUGGCAUUGCCAACCUGGCCAGCUUCCCUAAGAUGUAAUUCCAGCCAGCCAACCCUGUCCUGCUAUUCCAUUCCUUCUGUGAUGGUGCAAUGUAAUGAUGUACUUUGGAAGGAAGUUAAGGUGCCAUUCUUGAAGCAGAUGUGGUAGUACUGAAACUUUCUCUUCAGUUUCCCCAUUUGUUUGUACUGCAAGUGAUCCCUGCUACUUUCCUCCUCUCCAUUCAAGUCCUUUUUCAUCAUGGCCACAGCAGCAAUUUCCCUGACAGAUGUGCACUCUUAGGCUAAGAGAUGUGACCACAGCCUGCCCCUGUGGGUUGUCCUGGAGCUGAUGCUGUCCAGACAGAGGCUAGAGGUCUUCAUGUAGGCUAGAUUCUCAUUCACUAGGAUUAGUGAGCUUUAACCACCCUAGAGGACUAGGGUGACCUGACUUCUCACUUUCCAAAUUCCCUUCUUCUGUCUCCUCAAGGUAGAAAUUUCUAUAUUUUCCACAAUUCAUAAAUCUAUUCAUAAGUCUUUGGUACAAGUUUACAUGAUAUAAGACAUGCGUUUUCUUUUCGCUUCUUUGCAUUUUUGAAAUAAAGUAUUUAUCUUUUGCCUACAAUUUAAUAAAUAGUAUUUAGUACACAUUCA